AUGCGAAGGAGCGAUGAUAUUCACGGAGAAACUGCAGGCGUCGACGAGGAUCAACCAGCGGAAGAUAAUAUCUGUCAACCAUGUAAAGAACCCGAUACAUUCGAAGGUCUUGUAGACAGCUUUUGCCGUGCCGGGGCAGUGUUCCGUGUAACGGUGGACAGUGUGAACGCAGAAAAUGGCUACCUACGAGUGAACUUCAUGCGGAAGAAGAGAGCGUACAAACGUGGUACGCUGGUGAAGAAAGAGAUCCGUAAAUUAGUUGGUUACAUUCCCGUGACCAACAAAUGCGACUGUGCUAAGAACAAUGCUUCUUUGAUCGCUCCGAAGAAGAGGCUUCUAGUGAUGGGCCGCAUGGAGCAAGACAAAUUCCUUCUGUUUUUCGUUAGUCCAUAUCAGAGAAAAUCGGAAGGUUUUCGAGCGGCGACGAAAAUGUGGAAGAAAGAGAACCCAUGCAAAUCGUGGGCCAUACCUGAUGUGUAUACCCCGGAGAAGACAGAGAAGAAAGAGAAGAACAAAACGGAUAAAAAGAGGGACAAGAAGGACAAGAAGAAUCGCAAGAAGAAGAAGAGGAGGAGAAAGAAGAAGGGAUCGAAGAAGAGGAACAAGGAUAGGAAGAAGUCGAAAAAGGGCAAUGAAGUAUCUCCCCCGUCUCAGUGACCUGAAGUCGCCAUUCUAUAACGGGGGGUCCAUCAAGUUGAGUUACAUGUAUGUGUAUAUGAUGUAUGUAUCUGUGCAUAUACACACAUAUAUAUACACAUAUAUACAUAUAUAUAAAUACAGAUGUACAUAUACACAUAUACAUACAUGCAUAUAUACAUACAUAUAUAUAAACACACGUACAUAUAUAUAUACAUACACACACACACAUAUAUAUGUGUAUAUAUGUGUAUAUAUAUAUAUAUAUAUAUAUAGAUAGAUUUACAGACGAACGCCUUCGAAGAAUUAUUAUAGGAUUAAAAUGAUAAUAGCAAAAGACGACAACAAGGUGCCCGAUUAUGAUGAGAAAGCAAGAGCAAGCACAAUAUCAAUGAUGAUGAUGAUGAUGAUGACGACAAUAACAACAACAAUAAUAAUAAUGCGGAUGAUGUUAACAUUAAUUAUUAGUAAGAAAGACACUGACAGAGACAGACCGUUGCACAACUGCAGCAACAAGAACAACCAGCGGCCAUGAUGGACGUUGACACGAAUGGCAGACAACGAGAACAACAUCAGAAACAACAGCAUACCCCCCACCCCCCACACACAACGACAACAACAACAACAGCAAAUAUGUUAGUAACAAUAUUAAUUAAUCGUAACGUUAAUCAAGGAGUGAGUAGACAAAUGGCUCUUAUGAUGACAGUGACGAUUAUGAUGACGACGACGGCGGCGAUGGUGGUGGUUUAUCGAAAUCUACGUCCUCCCCGCCACACACACACCCAUAAAAAUACAAACACGCACUCACACACAUAUAUACACAGACGAUGGUGAUGAUGAGGAGGAACGUGAUGAUAAUGAUGAUGAUGCAAUAUUGAUGAUGCUGUGAUACUGAGGUCGUUGUUGAUGAUGAUGAUGAUGAGGAGGAGGAGGAGGAGUGGUGGACGAUAAUGACAAAGUUGAUAAGGACUGCGAGAUUGAUGCCGUUGGUGGUGGUGAUGAUGAUGAUAAUGAUGUCGAUUCAACGCCGAUGCUGAAAAAGAGGAGGAGGAGGAGGAUUUGAGGGCUGUCAAUUCGUUAAUUGAACAAUUACCACCUUUUGCGAUGACAUGUCAUGUCUGCAGAAUUGGUUUCCGAUUCGGGGUAUCGGAAGGGGGGGAGUAGCGAGUCCUUGCACUUUCUCAUUGUUUAUCUUAGUGCCACCGGUAAAAGUACCCUUGGCCCCAUCCUUGUGAUGUAAGGAGAGUGAGGGUGUAGCAUAGUUAAGGGUGCCUUCCCCUUCGCUCUCCUUAACCUCCUCCAGGUCGUGCUCUCCAGAAAUCCCUCGACCCUCACUUUCUUUUUCUCUGCCUUCUUCCACCACCACACCCCCUCCUUCUCCCCCGCACCCUGCCACUCUACUCCAACCCAGUCUCCUUCAUUAUCCCCCCCCCGCAUCACAACAAACUCUUAAUCUUAACCAUUUCUGUCCUCCACGCAUUCAAUAACUCGCCACUGUCAUCCCCACACACCACACCCCGCCCCGCCACCGUCACCAACACAACCAUCAUCCGACACCAUCGCCACCACCACUACCAUCAUCGUCUUCCCCACCACCACACUCACACCAACAAAACCAUGUCGUCGUCACCCCCUUCAGCAACAUCCCCACCAUUACAGUCCCCCGCUUCCAUUACCAUCGUCAUCAUCAUCGUUGCUACCAUCGUCAUAAUCCUCACCACCAACCACAACACCAUCUUAAUCUCAACCAUUAUCAACAACAAUCUCUCUAUCAUCAUCAUCAUCAUCAUCAUCGAGAUGUUUGCUGUUGCUUUUCAGCAGUAUGGGUGGAGGGUCACUCCUCCGUGACAUUGCUACUUCAGAU